AUGGAAUUAGUUCAAAACAAAAAUGUUAGAAAAAUUUUUAAGAAAAAUAAUGGAAAUAUAAUUACUAUCAUGGCUGAUGAUGAUAGUGAUAUAGACAAUGGGCAUGAUUUACAAAUGUAUGCAAAGCCACCAACGGGACAAAUUACAAUAUCUGAUGUUGAAGUUUUAUCUAGAAAAAGACUUAAGAUUUUGCAAAAAAUUGAGGAGAUUCGUGAACGUUAUCCAAAAAAUAGUGAAGAAUAUGUUGCUAACAUGGAUUCUAUGCUACGGGAAUACUUACCAAUAGCAAUUGGUAAUAUAAAUGAUCCGAAGAAAAGAGAUAUCGCUCGAAGAGAUGACUUAAUUUCUCAUUUUAUCUUAAGAUUAGCUUUUUGUAAAAAUAUUGAACAAACAAGAUGGUUUUUAAAUCAGGAAUAUGAAUUAUUUAAAUAUAGAAUUUCUAAGUUAUCCAGAUAUGAAGUUGAAUGCUUUUUAAAAUUAAAUAAUGUAAAUAUAGAAAAAGUUUCAUCUACUGAAUUGAACCAAAUUGCAGAUUUGUUAUCUAAAGCUACAUCUAGAAAGCUCUUGGAUGUCAAACGAUCGGAUUAUUAUAAAUUAAAUUUUCUUGAAGCAAUAAAUCUUGUAAGGAUUAGAAAAGUUUACUUGUCUUAUGGUACUGCAUAUGUCAGUUUUAGUGACUUAGAGGAUAUCAUGUCAUCAAGGUUCAAAACAAAUAUUGCUGCAGCAAUGGCUCGCCAAAAUCGAAUGCUUUCAUUUUUGCAGGAGGAAGAAAGAUUAAUACCAAUUCUUAAAAAUGUAACCAGUAAAGCGUACCUUGGAAAAAAAUAUAAUGGUCAAGAUACUCAAUUAGAUGGAAGCAUUACUCUUAAUUCUAUUGAUCAAAUGUGUAAAGAUCAUUUUCCACCUUGUAUGAGAAAUAUUCACAAUACAUUAAAAAUAAAUAAUCAUUUGAGAUAUGGUGCUAGAAACCAGUACACAGCUUUUUUGAGAGGUAUUGGUAUGUCACUAGAAAAUGCUCUUAAUUUCUUUAGAAAUGCGUUUAUUAAAAAGAUUGACUUUGAUAGAUUUAAAAAAGAUUAUGCAUACAGUAUUAGACAUAUAUAUGGACAAGAAGGGCAUAGAAGAGGUUUGAACGCAUUUUCAUGUCCAAAAAUUAUACUUUCAAAUCCACCAGGUCCUAAUGAUUGUCACGGUUGCCCAUUUAAGCAUUCUGAUAAAAGAAAUUUAAUACAUCUUUUGAGAAAUAUGGGUUUAACAACAGAACAAGUUGAUGUGGUUCUUGAACAGAUAAAAACAAAUCGUUUUGACUAUGCCUGUACGAAAACUUUUGAAUUUUCCCAUAAACUUGAAGAGAAUUCUUUGGGAGAAUUGAUCAUUCAUCCAAAUCGCUAUUACGAAUUAUCUCGGAAUUCUAAAACUUGUUCAUUUGAGACAAUGUAG